AUGGCCGCUUCCACCAACAGCUUCUUCAUCCUCAUUGCUCUUAUCAUAACAUCAGCAAUGGUCGAGGCCCGAACACUCUUGGAUCCGUCGGCUGCCUCCCCAGCGGCUAGCCUUGCCGCACGGCUGAAGCUGGAGGCCGGGCCGUCGACCUGUUGGGACUCACUGUUUGAGCUGCAAGCUUGUAGUGGGGAGGUUAUAACGUUCUUCCUCAGUGGUGAGACGUACUUAGGGCAUGGAUGCUGCCAAGCCAUUAAGAAGGUGUUAGGGCAAGAUUGCUGGCCUAAUAUUAUGAGCUCUCUAGGGUUUACCAAUGAAGAAGGUGAUAUACUUGAAGGGUAUUGCGAUGAGUCUCUUCAUAAUUCUCCUCCUUCUCUACUGGUUGAUCCAAAAGUGCGUGCUCUGUAG